UCACUCCCAUCCCCUGCAUGGGGAGCUGCACGACGAGAAGGAAGCUCCGAUGACAAGAACCGACCGGCAUUUCCGAUGAUCCCCCUCCACGCGCUCGCCGGCCGAUCCCUCCUCCGCCGCCGGCUCCGGACCCCUCCGGCGAGCCCUCUCCCGGUCGCCGCGCUCCACACGCGGUCGCUCCGUCCUCACCGGGACAAGCCCGCGAGCUGGAACACCACCCACGCCUCCGUCCUCGCGGACCCGCUCCUCUCCCUGCUGGAGCGGUGCCGCUCCCUGUCCCAGCUCAUGCAGGUCCAGGCCCAGAUGGUCGCCACCGGCCUGGCCUCCGACGGGCUCGCCCUCAGCCGCCUCGUCGCCUUCUGCGCCCUCUCCGAGUCCCGGGACCUCGGGUACUGCGCCAGGAUCCUGUGCGGCGCCGCCGACCCGAACGCGUUCUCGUGGAACGUGGCCAUCCGGGGCUUCGCGGAGAGCGACAGGCCCGGUGGGGCGCUCGCCCUGUACCGGCGGAUGCUGAGGAACGGCGGGUCGAGGCCGGAUAAUUACACUUAUCCCCUGCUGCUGAAGAUAUGCGCUGCUGAUUCGUCGAUGAAGCGUGCGGGCCGCGGGGUUCUUGGGCACGUGGUGAAGUUGGGAUUCGAGGGUGAUUUGUUCGUGUGCAAUGCGGUGAUCCAUAUGGUCGUUUCGUGGGGCGAGGUGGGGAGGGCACGUGAGGUGUUCGACGGAAGUCCUGUGAGGGACUUGGUUACGUGGAACUCCUUGAUUAAUGGGUAUGUGAGGAGUGGACUUGCGGAUCAUGCUCUGAGAAUGUAUCGUGAGAUGGAGGCAGAGGGUGUUACGCCAGACGAGGUCACGAUGAUUGGCAUGGUCUGUUCGUGUGCCCAAUUGGAGGAUUUGAAACUAGGGAGAGAAUUCCACCAAUUGAUUGAGAGGAACGGGUUGAAUUUGACUGUGCCUCUCGCCAAUGCUCUUAUGGACAUGUAUAUUAAGUGUGGGGAUCUUGAGCAAGCGCAGGAAAUUUUUGAUAACAUGAAGGUGAGAACUUUUGUUACAUGGACUACAAUGGUCGUUGGAUAUGCAAGAUUUGGGUUUCUAGACACUGCUCGUGAGAUUUUUGAUGGCAUGCCUCAAAAGGAUGUUGUUCCGUGGAAUGCAUUGAUAGGUGGCUAUGUUCAAGCUUACCGUAGCAAGGAGGCUCUGGCCUUGUUCCAUGAAAUGCAAUCCAGCAACACAAGACCAGACGAAGUUACCAUGGUUAAUUGCUUAUCGGCUUGCUCACAACUAGGGGCUCUUGAAGUUGGGAUAUGGAUUCAUCACUACAUUGAGAAACACAAGCUUUCUCUCAAUGUUGCCUUGGGAACUGCUCUUAUUGACAUGUAUGCCAAGUGCGGAGAUAUUCCUAGAGCUCUCCGUGUUUUCUUGGAAAUGCCGGUGAAAAAUUCCUUAACCUGGACGGCAUUAAUAUGCGGUUUAGCUCAUCAUGGGUAUGCACUGGAUGCAAUAACUUUCUUCAGGGAAAUGAUUGGUAAUGGACUGAAGCCGGAUGAGGUCACAUUUCUCGGGUUACUAUCAGCUUGUUGUCAUGGGGGUUUGGUUGAAGCUGGGCGUAAUUUCUUCUCUCAAAUGACUUCUGAAUUUAACCUGUUUCCUAGGCUUAAGCAUUAUUCUUGUAUGGUAGACCUUCUUGGAAGGGCUGGUUUACUGGAAGAGGCGAUGGAGCUUAUUGAGAGCAUGCCAAUGGAGGCAGAUGCUGCAGUUUGGGGCCCACUGUUUUUUGCUUGUCGAGUUCACAGGAAUGUCCUGCUGGGACAAAAAGUGGCUUUAGAACUUCUAAAGUUGGAUCCUCAUGACAGUGGUACUUAUGUUCUACUGGCGAAUAUGUACAGAGAAGCAAACAUGUGGGAAGAGGCUAGGAAGGUGAGGAAGAUGAUGACAAAGAGAGGAGUAGAGAAGACUCCGGGAUGUAGCUCAAUUGAGGUUAAUGGAGUUGUUCAUGAGUUUAUUGUUAGGGAUAAAUCACACCCUCAAUCGGAAUGGAUUUAUCAAUGCCUUGUCAUAUUGACAAGACAGCUGCAUCUUGUUGAGAAUAUGGUUGAUAUUUCUAAUUUGGGUGACCAUUCUCUUUGAAUCUGAUUGAUACCCACUGGUGGCUUGAGGCUCUGCAGCAUUUUGACUUGAGCUCAAGUCUGAUGGGCACAUUACGAUGCUCCAGAAAUUUGAAGCGGUGGUCAUUUUAUGAGCACCUGCAGCAUGCGGGCUGCUGGACAAGUUUGUGCAGGAUAAAAAUUAUUUCACCAGGUGCUCCUUUUGGAGUAAUUCACACAUGUUAUGGAUUGGGCUAAUGGCAAGUGACAAGUAAAACACUCUUCAGCCACAUAGAAGCGAUCGUGCGGAUAGAAUUUUUAAUCUCCCUUUUAGCCAUCUAUGUGGAGCUUAUAAUCAGAUCCUCUUCAGAAAUCGUAACUUAUGCAUCUUUGUUUAUCAAUAAGGAAAGAAGACCCAGAAGCUAUCUGCAUUUUUUUAUUAGUCAUUUUUUUACAAGGAUCCUAGGUUGAUUGAAAUUAGUAUUUAGAGCAAGACUAGGACUACAAAUAGAAAAGAAGUAAUACGGUAUCGCGAUUUAUUGAAUCUUUCUCUAGUAUUUUUUAUUUUGCUUUGAUGUAUGGGGUACAUGGGACACAGUCAGUUCAAGUUUUUGCAAUUAUUGCAGCCUCUUCAUCGGAAAGUUGUGAUGGGUGAUCAGUAUGCAUCCCAAUGUUCGAGGUACUGGCUGUCAUGCUUGUUCUAGAGCUUUCUACAGCUAGUCCGUAUAGAGUUAUGCCCGCUUCUCCAGAAGAAAGCUUCCCUGCUAAAAUUCUCAGUCCGCCAACUUUACAGCAGUUCCUGCUCUGGCCGAUCUUUUGCAAUUCAUGAUGCUGUUUCAGUGGUCCUGGUGCUUAGAUGACUAAAUGCUGGUUAGCUCUGGUCGGUCAAAGAGAUUCAAUGGUGCUGUGUCAUCAUUACUUGAAUCCUGCACUGAUGGUCAGGUUUUCUGAGGACAUGGAAUAAACUGGAUAUGUAGUGGUAGGCUGGGGAAGUCAAAGAUGUAGUAUAUGAUCUACUUAAUUCAGGAAUCAGAUUCUUUGACCACUAAAUCUAAUCAUCCUCAAUGCUUGCGAGCGAUGUGAAGCAAAACUACUGAAGUUUUGACUGCAUAUUUGCUUUGAUUUCUGGGGUUCUGGAAUUACAAGGAUUCUGCGAUCUUGUAAUCGCUAAUUUAGUAUAUGUUAUCCCCUCUGAAGUUGAUCUUGGAAUGGAUAGUUCUCUUAAAGUAGUGAUGGUAAUUGGUCAUUAAACUAGUACAUGUAUCAGAUUUUUCAACUUUUAAUGUGUGAUUUCAUGAUAGAGUUGAUCCUUGCAAGCAUGAAAGCAUCAAAUUAUGUGAAAUGGUUUGGCUGCAAUACGGAAUGAACUCAGCCAUGCAUAACAGUCUAGCCGUUUCACUCUAAUCUACAGGCAGGUGCCUGUGCCCCACUAGCGUAAGAAAUGAUGGGUUUUCAAGCGGGAUUUUGGUUUCUAUGGCUUUCAAAAGUGAUAAAAUUCACAAGCGAAUUUUCUGUAUUGCUUCAUACUUCUAUAUAAAUGACCCACCGCAUGAACACAGUUAAUCUCUAUCUGCACUUUCAUUACAAUACAGUAUUCAAAUUGGUUAAUAUAGUCGCUAGUAUCCUGAUCAGUAGCCUUGCUGUUGUUUGGGGGAACGGAAAGAAGAAUUGUAAGAAGUAUUAACCUGAAAAAGAUUCUCGUUCAGUGUACAAAUGGGCACUAAUUUUAUUUCUGAUUAUGUUUGCUCUUGAUGCAGGAUUCUUGUAUUCGGUGACUUGCUAUUCACCAGGAGCAUAUGGUUUCAUGUAUUCAAUCCGGUCCCUCCCUUUUUCUUGGCUUAAUCCAGUCCUUUUGCCUCUUGUUGGGGAAGAAUGUGAAAGGAGAUUGCAGAUUGAUUCUUUGAUCUGCUGUUGCUCUGAAAGGAACCGAGUAAACCAUCUUGUAGCAAAAGACAAGUUGGUGCUGCAGCCGCUGCUUCCUUUCACUUUUUCUAUUGUCUGAUAACAUGAGGAAAAACAACAUGCGUCUUUUCUCCACCCUCAAGCAAGCUGACAAAAAAGAAGGUUCUCAUCUCAUCCCACUUCAUUGGAUGAAGCAAAUAUCUUUUCUGUUUUUCCAAAUUAGAAAAACAUGAUGGGUCCACUCCCACCCCUUUUUCCCCCUUAUCAUUUCUUAUAUUAAAGCCUGUACAAUUCCCAGGAUCGAGAGAAAACUAUAGUAAGUUGGACCAUCAAAAUUAAUGACUAAGGCUUGUGCACCAUUAGAUCUA